AUGAGAGCUCAGGCUGCGAGAGCUCAGGCCGUGAUAGAAAGGGUUGGCGAGACGAUGAUGUCGAUGUACGACGCUUCGAAGAUGAGCCCUCCUCCGUGCGACAAACCCCCGUCAGACGGACCUCUGCACGACCGAGCUCCCCCGCCUGCAGCGCCGCCAGGUCCCGGAGGUCCCCAAGCUCCCGGAGUCCCCCCAACUCUCGAAGCUCCCGGAGUCCCCCGAGCUGCUCCCAGAGUCCCCCCAACUCUCGAAGUCCCCCCAACUCUCGAAGUCCCCCUAACUCUCGAAGUCCCCCUAACUCUCGAAGUCCCACUAACUCUCGAAGUCCCACUAACUCUCGAAGUCCCACUAACUCUCGAAGUCCCACUAACUUUCGAAGUCCCACUAACUCUCGAAGCCCCGCGGUAUCCAGCAACCAGCCCGGAAGAAACCCGAGCACGUCCUGGUCAUGUCGCGGUCCUCUCGUCGACUACGGGAAGUUGCGCAACUGUCAAUGGAAGUCACCGAGCGGCGACUGGUUGA